CUCAACUGCUCAUCUCAACUGCUAUGGACGUGGUAUCAUUGACACAGAUCAAUGGGUAGUAAUGCGGCAUGUCCACCCCAGCACUGGCAAAAGUUACCUGCACCAGCUGCAGAGAACGGCAUCUAAAAUGCGAUGAUAACCACGACGUGUGCCAGACCUGUCAAAGAACUGGAGAGAUCUGCAAGCGCAUCCCCAACAAGCUCCGGUUCAGACAUGGCUCCAGUGCAAGAUACGACUCUUCCUUUGGGAAAGACCAAGUGUGGCUGCGUACUAACAAAAGAAGGAAAUUCGACUUUGUUGAUGAGUCGGUCGCGGUGAUCACGAGCUACAACCGUGGAACCGUUAGAGAUGUCGAUUUCGACGGCGCAAUCUCCCCUGGUCAAGAGCCUGGAUCGUCCUUUGGACAUAUAUCAGUCCCUUCCACUCCAAGCGUAACAAACAUUAGUGAGCUGGGUCCAGGACUCCAUACCAAUCCAUCAAUACUCCGAUCCUGUAGUGAUUCCGUGCACGAUGACACGGGUACAAGCAUCAAGUCCAAGUCACACCUCGAAGCGAUGCUCAUCCGCUACUUCGUCGAGGAACUCAGUAAGUGGUUUGAUGUAUGUGAUCCAGAUAGACACUUCGCUAGGACUAUCCCGCAGCGUGCUCGAAGUUACCCUUCACUUCUCCAUGCCAUCUUAACCGCAUCGGCCCGGCAUAUUACCAGUAUUGGAAAACAUAGGAACCCCAGCGGGGGAUUCACUUGGAAGGGUGCACUUAUUCCUGACCUACGUGAUGACACUGCUCUACAUUAUCACAACCGCUGCAUCAAGGAACUCCAGAGCUUGAGCGGCGAUGUCGAGCAAAUACACAACGAGAAUCUUCUGGCGGCCGCGAUUGUGCUUCGAUUCUACGAAGAAAUCGACUCCCCUUUCGAAGGCAACAAUGAUAACGGCGUCCUUCUUCGCGUCCUUAAUAUAAUUGUUAGCACACAGCUACCAACAUCUGAUGCAUUUCCUUGCAGCUUGGCCGAAAUGUACCAUUCCAAAGUACCGUCUGGGUCACGGCCGCAGUAUACACAAGCCGGCGGACUUCGCCGAGCGUGUUUCUGUGUUGCGUUCCGACAAGAGCUAUACAAAUCCUUCAUGAAUCAACGCCCCUUUACCAUUCCAUUGAGCCGAUGGAAUUCGUUCCGCACGUUUGCCCCCGCAGGUGACGGCACGUGGGCCGAUAGGGCCAUUCUUUUCUGCGCCGAUGUUCUAGAGUACUGUUACGGGAGUAGCGAAACGAGCAAUCGCCCGAGUACAGACAAGGACCUCUGGCAGAAUCUCUCUCAAUACGUGGAGGUCUUAUCUCGCCGACUUCCUCCAUCUUUUGAGCCAAUCUAUACCAGAGAGCACGAGAUAUUUCCCGAGAUUUGGUUCAUGGAUGGUUGCCAGGCCACCGUAGCAGCGCAUAUUGAACUUGCGAAAAUGCUGCUGGUUGCGUUUGAUCCUAGUCCGCCGAAAUUUGGACAGGGCCAAAUGGCUGCAAUGAAAGGGCUGAUGAAGAUGAUGCGGGUAACUGUGCUGCGGGUGUGUGGGAUUGCGUUGCACAACCGGGCUUCUCCAUCAGUGUUCGUUGAUGCCACCAUGGCUAUUUCGGCAUGUGGAGAGUAUAUUACUGAUGAAGAAGGGAGAUGCGCAUUAAUGGAGGUCCUGAGAAUCGCGGAGUCCGAGUAUGCGUGGCCUACCCGGGUCGUCACUGAGAAGUUGCGCAGGGCCUGGGAGGAAUAAGUUCUUCCAGAAUUAGACUACGCGGCAACUGUUUG